AUGGAUCCGAACUUCGCGCGACGGAUUGAUGACAUCGAGGAUCGAGGACUUCCAGGGGACCACGACCAAACCUUGGAAGAUGAUGUCCAUCAAUUGUGGCGGGACGCUCCCGACUGGUACGCUCUCACGGAGCUCAACCGGCGAUACCUCGAAGGCAGCCUCCCUCUCUGUCCAAGCUAUAGAUUUCCAGUUGAGCCGGAGACCGAGAACUUUGAAAACCUUCUUGCGCUUCACGACUACGGAAUCAUCUCCACAAACUCAUGCCCGGGAACAGGGCUCGGGGACACAGAGCUACGACAACGUUCCUUCUUGUUCUUCAACAUUCCAACCCGUGGUCUGGUGACAACUUCGCCUGACGCAUUGCCCAACUUCGUCCGGGACCUGGGAGAGGCUUCGGAGGUAUAUGCUCACAUACGAUUCCAAUACCUCAAUGCACCGCACGGAAUUGAACGGGACCCAGACAUCAGUCGCCUGAUGGUAAGCGGAAGCUACAAUACUCUUCCAAAAAUCGAUGGUGAUGAUUGGGAGUCGGAGGGGUGGACUUAUGACACGGACGAACGAGGUCACGUCUGCGGCUUCACUUUCGAACAAUCAAAGUAUCUCGAUGAUCUCGACGGAGAUCAUACUGGGGACCUGAGGAUCCCGACGGGUGGCUCAAGCUUCGGAGAUGAUGAGAGCCCGAUCCAAGCCAGCCACAUGGCCGAUCCUCUACAAAUCUCCGUAUUGGCCCGGGGCUCGGACUGGGACUUCACAGGGAUCGGGAAGUUGAUCAAGGGUCUCUUAGAUGAUUCAGGAAUCUUGUCCGCAUACCGUCGUCCAUGA